UCUCAUCAUUCCUUUUCGCUUUUAUACCUGAAAUCCCAUUAUUAUCACGAAGAGAUGCUAAUCUUACAAUUAAGUCGUCCAGAUUUUUUCAAAUUUAAAUUCCCUUCCUCACCAGAUAAGCAAUUUUUUUUUAGAACAUGUUUAAACUAAAUUGCAAAAGAUCCAUACGUAUAUUUUAUAAGGCCCAUUAUGGAUCUGAAGCCCAGCCCAAUUCAAGGCCCAUUAGACCCCUCUCCCCCCGCGAGGCUACCACCAUCAUCAAGGCUCUAUGCGGACGCGGCGCCACCGCGCUCGCCCGCAAGGUGUUCGACGAAAUGCCCCACCGGGACGUGGUCGCCUGGACGGCCAUGAUCUCGGGCUACGCAUCCAACGGCCUGCACGACGAGGCGUGGGCGACGCUCCGCCGCAUGGCGGGCUCGGGCGCGGCGCCGAACGCGUUCACGCUCUCCGCACUGCUCGCGGCGUGCCGGGGCCCGGGGCGGCGCCGCGCCCGCGCUGCGGCGCACGCCUCCGCCGUGCGGCGCGGCCUCGGCGCCGCGCCGUACGUCGCCAACGCGCUCCUCGACGCGUACGCGUCCUGCGGCGACGGGGCCGUGGGCGACGCCCGGCGCUUGUUCGACGAAAUGGCCGAGAGAACGGCGGUGACGUGGACGGUUAUGAUUGCGGGGUAUGCCAGGUGGGGUAGGGCUGACGUGGCACUCGAGAUGUUCAGGAGAAUGGUCCUUCAGGACAGCGUCGAGCCGAGCCCGUUUGCUUAUUCCAUCGCAAUCAGCACGUGCGGCUCGAUCCGACACCCGACACUCGGUCGGCAGCUUCAUGCAGCCUCUGUUAAACAUGAUCUUAUUUCCAACACCCCCCUCUCCAACUCGUUGAUCGACAUGUACUGCAAAUGCACGAAAAUUCGCCAUGCAAAGUUGUUGUUCAACACCAUGCGUCGAAAAGACGUGAUCACUUGGAACACAAUGAUAGCCGGGCUCGACCGUCACUCUCCGCACGAAGCCCUUCAGCUGUUUCUCGAAAUGCGCGUGCAAAACAUGCGGCCGAAUUGCUUCACUUUCACUAGCGUCGCGUCUUCCUGCGCUAGUCUCGCAGUUUUACGAUGCGGGCGGCAAGUUCACUGCGCUGUGCUUCGGAGCGGGUUCGGAAAUAACCUGCAGGUAUGCAAUGCGCUUAUCGAUAUGUACGCCAAAUGUGGGAGCGUGGACGAGUCGAAAAAGGUGUUUGAUGAGAUGUCCCGUAGAGACCUACUAUCGUGGACAUCGAUGAUGAUCGGUUACGGGAACAACGGGUACGGCUACGAGGCAAUUCGACUGUUUGACGAGAUGGUAAAUGUGGGUAUCCAAUUGGACCAUGUUGUAUUUCUGGGUCUAAUCAGUGCUUGUAGCCAUUCUGGGUUAGUCGAAGAAGGAUGGGAGUACUUUAAUUUGAUGAAAACCGAGUAUCAUGUCGAGCCUAAUUUGGAGGUCUAUGGUUGUGCUGUAGAUCUGUUAGGACGUGCAGGGAGGAUCGAAGAAGCCUUUGAUUUAAUACAGAGAAUGCCGUUUGAACCCGGCGAAUCGAUUUGGGGGGCGCUUCUCGGAGCUUGUAAGAUGCAUAAGAAUGUAAUCUUGGGUAAAUUGGCGGCGAAAAAGAUAAUGGAGUUGAAGCCAAGAGGGGCGACGACUUAUGUUCUACUUUCGAAUAUUUAUGCUGCGGAGAGAGAAUGGGGUGAGUUUGCGAAGGCGCGGAAGGCGUUGAGAGGGACGAGUGAUAAAAAAGAGGCAGGGAUGAGUCGGAUUGAGGUUAGCGAUAAGUUGUGCAGCUUUGUAGCUGGUGAUAAUACUAGUUACUAUGUUGGUUUGUGCAGUGAUGUGUUGGAUAGUUUGGCUCGGCAUAUGGAUGAGAACUCGCAAUUGGAAUUUAUAAGCUGAUGGUGUUGCAUAGUGUUAAUUUAGAUAUAUAGCUCGGGAGCGCGGUGAAACUGUAUAUUGAUCUUAUUUUUCUGGACUUUGUAAAGGGCGACUUGCGUGAAUGCACAGUAUCAUCCAUCUUAGAUUGAUUUUGCGAAUAAAAUACGGGGUAGAGUUUAAGAAGAAGAUUCGGAAAUUGGUGUCUCAAGAAGAGGGUCUAUCAGUUUGCUCUUUGAGCUGGUACAUAGUGAAAAAGUUUUGGAACAACUCGGAGAAUAAGAAGUUCAACUAUCUGAUCCAAGUUGCUUUUAGCGAAAUCGCUCACCAGAUAUACACUUAUCACAGAACAAAUACAUCAGCCUUGUUAUUGGCUUUACCACUUAGGAUGUACAUGCUAGAGAAGCAGACGAUGACGGCGCAAAUUGUCUUUUUACAAUUCAACUGUCCAACCUACACUUAUCUCAUGAGGAACAGAACUACAGAAGAGCCAAAAAGUCCAAGAUAUUUCUGAGGGGAGGGAAAACCACAGCCUCAGCUUUGUCUGAUGCCUUAUACUUGUGUUUGAUUCUUUCUCACUCCUCUCUAUCCUCUC